AUGGAUGAAAGCAUCAUUAAGGUGCCAUUUUAUGCCGCGACCUCUGCAUGGCGAAUGCAGGCGCAGCUGCAGGGUCUUAUUCGCAAUCACCCAAGCGUCAUAGCGAACAGUGGCCCCCUAGCGGCUCCUGGCACCGUCUUUACCACCGCGCGCUUGUCGCUGCACAAUACUGAAGGUGCACUAGCAUUGGGUCUGAAUCCAUUGGGUGCCGGCGGGAGCGUUGGACUGAUGUCCGUCGAGGGGCCCGAGCCGACGCUUCAAGGAGCAACGCACAUGCGCUGGUUGGACUUGCCCCCAGACGUCUGCUUGAGCAGCAUUGAUUGGUGUGAUGACCAUCUUCUCGUAGGCAGCACACGUGGUCGCAUUUUUAUUGCCAAGGCAGGGCCAUAUAGUGUGAAUGAGUGCAGUGGAACACUUGACCCCAGCGGGUGCUUGGUGUCUGGGGACACACAGCCUCUGGUUGGGGACAUCAUCGUUGCGCCAAGCAGCCAUGCGGUGUCGACGCUUGUGCGCAGUGUGCGGUGCAACGCCGAGGUGCGGGCCUCCAGUGUUGUUGCAGUGGUCGAUGGCCGUGCGAUGGUGUGGGAUAUGGAGGGGGAUGCGUCUCCUAUUCGGGCCUGGGCCCCAGGCGUGAGCCCUGGGGCAAAGAAUAGCAGUCAAACUGAGGUCCUGCUUUUUGCUCAAUGGGCCCCGCACAGCGACUCCGUUGUUCUCACAGGCAGUUAUGAGGGAAGCCUUCUUCUAACGGACACCCGAGCGAGUGACACUGAGGGAAGCAGUUUAUCACUGCCAAUGCGCCGUGGGUGUAUGGCUCGAUGCGCGGACUUCAACGCGUUGCUGCCGUUUGUGUUGGCGGCGGCAUCGUCCGACGGGACCAUCUCCAUCUUUGAUUGUAGGUUUCCUGAUCACGCCGUGCGCACAAUCUCGUCCCUUCAGGGCGAUGUUGCCUCCUUGCGUUGGCUCCGACUUCACUCGGAUCUUCUGGCAACCGGUGGCAUGGAUGGCACUGUGGCACUGUGGAACUUGCGGUUUGCCCCGACGCACUGCGUGGGGCGUGGACAGUACAAGUACCCCGUCGUUGACCUCGCCGCCACUGUCUCCUCCGUGGAGCAGCGCCUGUUUGGCGUGACUGCCGGCGGUGAGUUGACGCUGACGGGUCUCGCGUGUGCGGCCCUCGCAGAGCUGGCGCCGUCGGUGACCAGCCGCGUUCGCUCGCAGCACGCCGACGAGGGCACACCGCAUUUGCGGGAACGGGAAAAGCGAGGCGUGGGGCUCCUCUACGCGAGGCGACUGCGGGAGGCGUAUGAAAUUAUCACCGACUGUGCCAUGGAGCGCUUCACGCGCAAAGAGACAGGGGUGGCAAUGGCCCUUGUUGGCCUCACGGACGUCAUGGUGGUUCCAAAGUUAGACUAUAAGGAGAUGAUUGAGGAGAACACAGGGCAUCUUGUUGCUGUCGAGGCGGCACCCUAUUCACAGGCCCUCGAGGUGUUUGACGACCUCCUCACUCGUUCGAGCGAGCGACUCUGCAUGACGCUGCCGCUGGGAAAAGUUCGUGAUAUUACCAAACCCAACCCGGAGGAUCUCAAGAAGGUUGAGGCGCUGCGGCUUAACUUAUUGCUGCAACGCGUCCUUCACACCGGUGACCCCGAAACGGUUAUUAGUGGCUUACAGCUCUUCUCCGCCAAUGCCGGGAAUCUUGACCUUGUGGACACGGAUACCGCGUGCGGCAUUGCCAGGAUGCUGCUGAGGGAAAACUUUACGGAGGGAGAGGACUUUGUGCGUGCCUUUUUGUCGCUCUUGAUUCAGCAGGAUGGCACCGUCCUGGCCCCCACAUUGACACGCCGACUUUUGAUAGUCGUGCAGGAACCGCUGAUGACGGAUGGACUUCCGCCGCGGCAGGCGAAGCGGCGCGAAGAGCAGUUUUUGUCUAACUUACUGGCAGCUCAGGAGGCGGUUCGGGUACAGCUAACAAUCUUGGGUAUGGGCAUUGAGCAGUACCAGCAGGUCAUUGCCACGGUGAAUGGGUAUCAGAAGGCUUGCUUAGAAAAAAGGGAGAGUGGCAUUUUUGGUUGGCUGGGGCUGAAGCCUAUUCUGCUUUUUCUGCACUCUUUGACCGCAGAUUCCAAUUACGCCACCUUCUUUUGGGCCUGUGUGCAGUUAAUGGAGGCCUUUGCGAGGUGUCCGGGGUCGCGGCAGGUGGAGUCUCUUCUGUUUAACACAGUUGACCGCAUCCACAGCGCUGCGAAGCGCAUUCAGGAGCAGUUAGAGCAGGCCGCAAGCACGCCGCGUUUCUCACCGUCCGCAUUGCGUGAGGUGGGCGAAAUGAUUCAUGGUGCGCUCGACUUUCUCGUUGUGCUCCUCCGUGUUCAGCUUGAGUGCGAGAAUGUGGCGAUUGAAAGCGGCAUGUCGGAGAUCCCGCCUGUCAUGGGUCGCAUCUUUGACAUGCUCAGCACGGCGUCCUCCGACCUGCUGGAGGCCUGGGCGACGCUGCUCGAGAAAUUGGAGGAGUGCACGAUGCGGGAUCUCGUGCGGAAGUGUUGCCUCGGCGUGGUGCGGAACUUCUCCCUUCAAAUUGAGGAGCUGAUGACGGUCUCCGCCAAGAAGGAAGAUGAUGAGACGUUGAAUGAGAUUCUCGACACCUGCUACGAUUUUAUUGACACGACCGUCAAGGGCGACGACGACUGA